CCUGCCUUGGAAAAGGGGAGGGAAAGCCCAGCUCCAGCUCCUCUGCGUUAACGUUAUUAUCUUAGGGAGCUCUGCUGCUGCUGCCACUCUGUCUCCAGACCAGAGAGCCUCUCUGACCCAGGAGGAGAAGGCUCUGCCCCUUCUUCAGGCUGCUGCUGCUCCUGGUUCUUGAGAGGCGCCAAGCCACACACACCAAGAGUACUGGGCAAAGCAGGUGGGGAGUCCCAAGAGGGUGCCAAGGGAAGGGACGGAGGCAAGGCACCCUUCUAGGUCUCAGGUCUGCCUCUGCACUUCCUGCUGCUGCCCAGGGAGCAUCUGGCUGCUGGGGAUUUAGUCGGAGGAAGAGGCGGCUGCCGCUGCCCUUCGCACGCCUCCCAAGCAAGCGCCCUGGGAGAGAGAGGUUCUUGUUCUUCAGUUAAACUUAGACCUUCGGAGAAGCUAAAAGUGAAGAAAGGACUAAGUUAACAAGACCUGGAUUUACAAGAACAAAAAUAUUUGCCUCUCCUACAUCAGGAAAACAAGAAGACUCAUCUGACUGGGACUCUGAAGACUUCAGUAGCAAAUCCUCCUGAGUUAAAAUGAAUACAGAUAGUGGUGGGUGUGCUCGCAAACGUGCUGCCAUGUCUGUCAAAUUAACAGCUGUGAAGAGAGUUCAGAGUUCUCCAAACCUAUUGACAGCAGGACUUGAUUCUCAGUCACCAGAUUCAGCUUGGAGAUCAUUUAACAGUGGGAGUAGAGAGACACUGAAUGGAGACACUAGCAGCUCCUCUCUUGCAGCCAAAGGCUUUCGAAGUGUCCGGCCAAAUCUACAAGAAAAGAAAUCACCAACUCAGGCACCCCCAUUACCUCCUAGGAAAGACAGUUUGGGUAGAACUGGAAUCAUUAAUCACAAGAAGAGUGAAAAUAACUCCUGGUCUAUAACAACCAAGCAGACUAAGAAAGCUCCUCCUGAUGGUGACCACUGUACUAACAAGCAGUUCCUCCGGAGGACAGUUUACUCUAAAAAAUCCAAUACCAGUGUGUCUUACACACACAAAACUACUAAGCCUCUGACCUUGGUUUCUAGCAUGAAAACAAUAGCUGGCAUUCAAACGGCUGUUCGUCAAGGCCACAAACAAUUUCCAAAGCGUAAAGUCUCUACCCUGAAAUUAACUCGGCCACGCAAUUCAUCUUCUAGUAUUCCUUCUCGUACACAGCAACAGCCUAUGCCAGUUGAAUCAGGAGUAGCUCCUCAGAGGCCAGCCUCACCUGCCUUUAACCCUGUGCCUGAGAUACACAAAGCCUCUCUCUCUAUUCAGAUAGCUCCCAUCCCUGAUAAUAAAGCAACGCCUGAAAGCCAACAACAUCCACCUAGGCUUUCUCCAGACCCUUCAAAGACGCCUCCAAACAAUAUGCAACCAAUGUCUACAGUUCCUUCUGCACAGUCCACAGAGUGCAAUGUGCUUGGAAACCAGAAAGUCACUGCCCAUGUGAUGGAGGUAAAUGCUUCACAGUCACACAGACAAACUUCAGCCGAAACUUCGCCACUGCCUCCUUCACCUCCUUCUUCCAGGGUGUCGAUUAACAGACCCUAUCUCUCACCUGACAGUGGUGGCGGCCACGUAACAUAUAUUUUGCCGACACGUGACAGUUUUUGGCCUUCACGCUUUUAUAGAACCCUGGCCCUUUCACAAUUCUCAUACACGUACCCUUUCCUAGUUCCUGACAGUACUAUCCAUCACCGGACUGAAACGGCCUCUGUUAUGACAGACUCAGCCAUGAGUGAGUACUCUUCUCGCCCGGUGAGCGAGUCUUCCACGGCCAUUCUAGAUGACCUACAGAGCUGUAACUAUGAUACUACUGAUGGUUCUGAAACACCUUCCCCAACCUUGAGCCAGAUGUCUGCUGUGUCACAUGGCACCACCUUAACCUCCACUGCUGCCGGCUCCCAUACUCAGAUAACAGUGAAUGGGAACUCUAGUGCAGCAACAAGCCCAAUGAGCCACUUUCAAAGGCCUUUCUCCCCCUCUUCAGUCUACUCCCCACCAGUCUCACUAAGUUCAAGCACAGUUCACCUACAACAGAGCAGAACAAUGGAAUCCACAGAGACAUACUCACAGCAUGCUCAUUCUGUUGGCGGCAGCAGCAGCACCAGCACAAUACCAAUCUGUAGAACUUCGGAGGAAGAGAAGAAAGUCACGGUCAUUAAAGCACCACAUUAUGCAGGGAUUGGCCCAAUAGAUGAAUCAGGAAUCCCAACUGCAAUUAGAACGACAGUUGACAGACCGAAGGAUUGGUAUAAGACGAUGUUCAAGCAAAUUCACAUGGUUCACAAGCCUGAUGAUGACACAGACAUGUAUAAUACUUCAUAUGCUUAUAAUCCUGAUAACUUCAGCCCACCCUAUUCUGCUCAAGCACAUCCUGCUGCAAAGACUCAUACUUACAGACCACUGACAAAAAGUACUUCUGACAAUGGCACUGAGGCCUUUAAGGUCUCAUCACCCGUACCUCCACCACCUCCAGUACCACCACUUCGGCCACGGCAAAGAUCUGCACCAGAAAAAAAUGAGUGGGACCCUCCUGAUAGAAAAGUAGACACACGUAAAUUCCGUUCUGAACCAAGGAGUAUUUUUGAAUAUGAGCCUGGGAAGUCCUCUAUCCUUGAACAUGAAAGACCAACUGAUCGCAUAAACCCAGAUGACAUAGAUUUAGAAAAUGAACCCUGGUAUAAAUUCUUUUCAGAGCUGGAGUUUGGACGCCCGCAGCCUCCUAAAAAGCUUUUGGAUUAUGUUCAAGACCAUCCUCCAGGUCUUUCCUAUGAGACAUCCUUAUAUUACAGUCCAACAGACAGAGGCUUGGAUAGACCUUCUAGUUCUGCAAGUACUGCAAGUGACUACAGGAAACGAAGGAAGUCAGAGCCUGCAGUAACUAAUCAGAAGGCACAUGGUGAUCAAAAUGCAAACAGGGCCAGCCUGGGCCGUACAGACACACAGAGCACAUACUCUACACUUAGGAAGCCUGUUACAAGCUCUUCUCCGUCUUCUCCAUCAAGAACAAAAGUGCCCAACCACAGCACCUCAAAUGAAUUAGAUUACUGUAGUACCUAUGGACAGCGCUUGUCUGUCCCUAGUGACUCAAGAAGGGCUAUCAGCUACAAGAAUGGCUGGCAGAUGGCUCGUCAAAAUGCAGAAGUCUGGAGCAGCACCGAAGAGACUUCCUCCUCUCCCAAGCGGAAAUCUCGUAGCUGUGAUGACCUGCUGGCAGAUGAUCAUUGUAGCUUUCCUGACACACAGAAUAAAUCUGAAAGCAUGGUUUCUUUGUUAUGUGAGGAAGAUUCCAAAGGUGGCUCCACCCUUUCCUGGGGCUCCCCCUACACUUCUCAGAGCCGUGGCUCAAGUUGGUCAAGGGCACGACAUAGAUCUGCACAUGAUGCUCCUGGGUUCCUAAAAAUGUAUAAAAGAAUGCACCGCAUCAAUCGCAAAGACUUGUUGAAUUCUGAGGUGAUUUGUUCAGUGAAGUCCAGGGUAUUGCAGUAUGAAAAGGAACAGCAUACAGACAUGCUGCAGGGCUGGAAAGAAUCAUCUACUGAGGAGGUGCCAAGAGAUAUGGUCCCCAACAGAAUAUCUGAAUUUGAAAAACUAAUUCAGAAAUCAAAGUCCAUGCCAAAUUUAGCCGAAGAAGCAUUAUCAGCAGUAACCCUCCUUGAAGCCCCUAAAAAUGGUUUCUGCGCAAACAGACGGUUCUCUAUUGAGUCCUUGCUGGAGGAAGAACAUCAGAGUAGACACCCUGCUGAGGUCCAAAGGAAUUCCAAAUCAAAAACUCUGGUGCCAAUUCACAUUGAAGUGACCAGUGAAGAGCCCCAGAGGUCUCACAUGGAAAAUUCAGACAGUGACCAAGAUGGGGUAGUCUCUGACCUCAGUGACUUCAUACAGAUAGAAGGCUCUUCCUUUUGUAGUGAGAGUGAUUUUGACCACUUCUCUUUUACAUCUUCGGAAAGCUUUUACGGGUCAGGCCACCACCACCAUCACCACCACCAUCACCACCACCAUCACAAGCAUCUCAUCAGCUCCUGCAAAGGCCGUUGCCCAGCGUCAUACACCCGCUUCACCACAAUGCUAAAGCAUGAAAGGGCUAAACAGGAACCCACCCCAGAAGAACCUAGACGGCAGGACUCUGACUCUGGCCUUUCGAAGAUAGCAUUCCUAGUCAGUCCAGUGCCUUUCCGAAGGAAAAAAAACACUGUCCCCAAAAAGCAGGCUGAAAAGACAAAAUGCAAAUCAACUGUCUUUGAUGCUUUGGACUCUGCUCUUAAGGAUAUCUGUGACCAAAUCAAAGCAGAAAAGAGAAGGGGAAGUUUGCCUGACAACAGUAUAUUGCACAGACUUAUUUCUGAAUUGCUUCCAGACAUACCUGAAAGGAAUUCCUCCCUUAAAGCUCUUAGAAAGAGUCCCAUGCACCAGCCUUUUCAUCCACUGCCUCAAGAUGGUGCUAUUCAUUGCCCAUUGUACCAGAAUGAAUGUGGAAGAUUACCUCUUAGUGCCUCUUACCAAGACAUGGAUACAGCCAACAACAGCAAUCAAGAAAAUGAUAGUGCAGUAUGUUUCCAAGUAGACCAGGAGUCCCCUGGGAACUAUUCUUCAGCUUUUACCGAUGUGGGUCGAAGUGCUCCAAAAGACAGAAGAGGAACUCCAGAGAGAGAGAGACUGCCAGCUAGAGCAGUAUAUGAUUUUAAAGCUCAAACAGCUAAGGAGCUGUCCUUCAAGAAAGGAGAUACUGUCUAUAUUCUCAGGAAAGUAGAUCAAAAUUGGUAUGAGGGCGAGCACUAUGGAAGAGUUGGAAUUUUUCCUAUUUCUUAUGUUGAGAAACUUGCUCCCCCAGAGAAAGCACAGCCAGCAAGGCCACCACCCCCAGCACAUGUUGCAGAGAUUGGAGAAGCUGUUGCCAAAUAUAAUUUCAAUGCAGAUACAAAUGUGGAACUGUCACUGAGGAAGGGAGACAGAAUAAUUCUUCUCAGACGGGUUGAUCAAAACUGGUAUGAAGGCAAACUACCUGGAACUAACAGACAAGGAAUCUUCCCUGUGUCUUAUGUAGAAGUCAUCAAAAAGAACCCAGCCAAAGGUGCUGACGAUUACCCUGUUCCUCCAAUACCCCAGAGUUAUUCCAGUGACAGAAUACACCAUUUAGGUUCAGCUAAGUUGGAUUCCAAAGCGCCAUCCCUCCCUCUCAGGUACCGGCCCUCUUCUUGUCCAGAUUCUAAUAAAGAGAAUCUUCAGGCUGUCACCAGUGAAUGGUUAUCGCUGACUCUUGGCUUUUCAUCUCCAAGUACACCUUCCCCUUCUCCUCCACCUUUUCCGAAAAGCUUUCUUUCUGAAUUAGAUGAAUUCAGCUCUCUAGCUUUAACAGGUUCACAGAGUGCACCAGGGCUCUCCAAUAUUGUUGCUCCUCCAGUAAAGCGCAGCCAUUUUGUUCCGAUCACCUCACCAAAGGCUCCCCACUCCUUCCCUGAAUUGCCAGCUUCACCUCAGCCAUUUUCUUCAUCUACCUGUAAAUCACCACCUCCAGCAACCCGGUUUCAUGACAAAGCACAUAAACCUGAAUGCAGCCAUUUCAAAGAGAUGAGAGGAACCCCCAGUGUCAAGGAAAGGAAAAGCUUCUCAGACACAACUCCAAAAGUACAAGAAAUAGGAGACACUGCUCUUCCUCUCCCCAAAGAAGACCAUUUAUUCAAAACCCUGACUGAGACUGAUGAACAGGAGGAAGAAAUCUGUGAAGAGCUGCUGUCAAUAAUCCAUGGGGGGCAGUCAAAACAUAAAGAUUCAGGUUUCUACAGACGUGCCCCUGAUGUAACAGAACAAUUGGCAAGGCUCCAUAUAGAGGAAGAGCCAGACCAUGAACAUUUAGAAUCACCAGUAGGAAGUAAGAGAGAUCCCAUGGUAUCUUGCGAAGGGGACAGUUCACCAGAUACUAAAAAAGAGGCAGCUUCACCUCCCUAUGGGAUACAAGCGCCUUCUACUUCUCCUUCCUGCCUUGCUUCUAGUCCUCCAUUUCACUCAGACAAAACAUCUUCCUCUGAAUGUGUGUCUACAUCCUCCAAGUCUGCUGUUACCCACUCCCCCCCUCUCCUUUCCAAACUGUCAUACAGACAGGAGAAAAAAUCACCAAAGUUAAAGGCUGAUUUAAAAAGAGAGAUAUUUGUCAUCGGCAAACCUCCACGUAGCCCUGUUAUGACAAGGAGAUCUUGCAGCUCACCUGUCAGAGGGCACAGCUAUUCACAUAGGCCACAGCGCCCUGUGUUUGCUCAUGAAAAUAUACACAGUGGGGGGGAACCGUUUCAGGUUCUGUAUAACUAUACUCCUAGGAACGAAGAUGAGUUGGAGCUCAGAGAGGGAGAUGUCAUUGAUGUGAUGGAAAAGUGUGAUGAUGGAUGGUUUGUGGGAACCUCCAGAAGAACAAAAUUCUUUGGUACUUUCCCUGGAAACUAUGUCAAGAGGCUGUGAAAUGUUGUUUGUUUGGUUUUUAUCCUACUUAUUUAUGCUACAUCUCUGCAACACAUCUGCAUAUAAAGCUGCUAGAAAACAUGCUCCACCAGCCUUCUGUUUUCCUGCUUUGCAAUUCCAGGUAGAAGCCAUCUAGUUCAUCUCCACCAUCCCAUCUUCACCCUUCAGCCAGCAGAAUUACUGUAACAGCUAUGACUGGAUAGCUGAGCUUUUAUGAAACAAGAGGAAUUAGUCUAACUAACUUCUAGUGUAUAUUUUUUGUGCAUUAAAUCUUUGUCUGCUCCCUACCAAUUUGAAGCACACAUAUAAGAAAAAGCUUGUUCCCAACAGUACAGGGAAUUAUCAAUAUUAUUUUGGGCAGUCUGUCCAUAACGUCCUUAGGAAAAAUUUCUUAUCUUCUUUCACCUCAUAUAUAGAGCAGGUUGUGGUCUACAUUUUAAUUUUUUAUUAGUUUUCACAUUCUUUUAAAGUCCAGCAGUGUGUGUUGCUUUCACUUUGCUGUUUCACAAGUUUGCCUGGUUUUACUCAUUUGCAAAAUAAGAUAACUACUCAAAUAGAUGGUUCCCAUGCCCUUGCACGUUUCAGCAUAUGCAAGGUGGUUGUAAAAUUUCAAGCGGGGAUCAUUCAAAAGGUGGUUUCUACUAGGCUACUUGCUAUGCCAUGAUUCCCAGCUGGAUCUGUUUUCAUAAGACUUGGGCAAGUGAGGGGAGGAUCAUAAAUUGGUUAAACACCCUCCCCUUUUUUUCCUUCUAAGUAAAAGCAGCUUCACAUAGGAAUGAUAUGUACAAAGAAGGAAACAUAACUUACACUUCUGUAUCUGCACAUAUUAUAUUUGAAGUGGAAAGAUACACAUCUCCCAAACCUGGGACGUAUCUAAUAAUGAUAAUGUGCAAAUGAAGUCAAAUUCGGGAAUGUAACAAGGGUAUUCCUAAUUGGACAGAAACACAUGUGCUUCUCUGUCCAAGGAGAAGUGGAUUCUCCCAGCACAAUUACAGCAUAUAUCUCUCUCUAAUGUGAGAUUCUGCAAGUCCCUACUUCCUGCAUGUCCCAAUAAGAAUGAGUCUUGUAUUUGUACAUAUCAUCUGAAGCUAAUCCAAAGGAAACCAUGUUUGCUGCUUGAAAUUAAGGAAGUGAAAAACACAAAAAUUCUGGGAAACUACAACCAUUUGUAAUGCAAGUCAGCAAUGAAACUGUCCUCUGCUGUAUCACAAAUACGUUGUGGCAACAACAAAGUAACUGAAAGUCUAAUAUUCAAAGUUCUUUUAUCAUAUGAUGUUUCAGCAAGGAAAAAAUAGUAAUAGUUUUAUUGUAAUAAAUUCACUUGGGAGGGGGAGCAGGAAUCCAUAGAAAGUAUUAUAUAUGCGAUUACUCUGGUACAUGUGUUCACACAUACAUUUUAACAAGGCUGAACUAUAUUUUCUUUCUAGCAAUAUUACAUUAAAGCAAAGAAAUUAAAAGGCACAAGCAUGAAAACAGGUACAUGUGGAUGGAUUUUUAUCCUUGGAUUAGUGUGAAAUAUUUGAACACAAUGUUUGUUUUCUGUAUGCAGUAUACAGGCAUAAAUAGUGUACGAUGGAAAAUACAUGACUUUCUAUGUCUAUGGCUUUACGCAAAGCAGUCCAUAUUUGGUUUUUCUGGCACCUUAUAGAAGGCAACAAAACAAAAGCUUUUACUGCAUUUCUCUUGUGGUAAAGGACAGAUCUUGCAAAUUUGUAGUUUGUAGCAUUUUGUACAUAUGUUUGCUUUUUUUUGUACAGAGCCAUUUUAUUGUUGAUUUAUUUUGGAGGAAAGAAUCAAGUUAUGUAUUUGAUCUUCAAGCUACCCCUUCCACUAAUUAAACAUCAUCUUAUUUUCUUUCCUCCCCCCUCCAAUGUAUAAGCACAUUUGGAUAGUGCAAUUCUGUAAAAUAGGAUUUGAUGCAAAGGUUUUAUGAAUUAUAAUAUGGUUUUACCUGCCAAAUCUUAAAAAUUGUACAUAUGUCUUUAUUAUGAAGAAAUGUCAAUGAGACAGAUAAAGAAACAUCUUUGUGCAACAUACCUUUAUUACUGCAAAUUUCAUGGCAAAAGCUUUAUAUUUCAAAGGCUUUCCAUUAUAAACUAGAUGUGCAUGCAGCUUUGCUGUGAAAUAUUUAUCUUUGAUGCCAUUUAUGAUGGAAGACUUAAGUGUCUGCUGCCUGUGAUAUUUAAGAAGAAGCACUGUUUCUACUCUGUUAUCUGAUUUUAAUAGAACAAGUUUUUUCAUACCUGCUUUCAGGUAAAUUGACUUUGAAUUCUUACAUACAAAGGGUCUCUGUGGUUUUUUUCCUUGAAUAGACUUCUAAUAAAAUUUGCUUGGAGUA